AUGUUUUUGCAGCAUCUUCUCCCACCGGAGUUGGCUUUUUCAUGCGAGGUUCCACUGGCCGGUAGCUGAUGGGGAAGGUGCCAGGCUUCAUGUGUUUACUGCCUUGUCUGGCAAGCAAAAGAGGUGACAUUAUGUAGUGGCGUUGGAGAUGUGAAGCUCUCGUUGCUUCUUUCCGCGGAGCUGAAUGAUUUCCACCCGCCUUUCCUCGUAUGCUGACCCGCUACGAUGAUAUCCCAGAUUGUAGCAGGACUAAAGCAUCGAAGCGACAAGGUUCGCCUGAAGACUGCCCAGCAGCUCCGCCAGUAUGUCACGACAGAAUUACGAGAAAUGUCGGCGGAGGACGCCAAUGCCUUCACCGAGGAGCUGAACAAAAAUGUCUUCGUUCUCAUUUCAUCAUCUUCCGAGGUGCAUGAAAAGAAAGGAGGCGUUUUGGCGAUUUUGGCGUUGAUCGGCCUUGACGAUGUCGGGAGUAACAACAAGUUCAAUCGGUUUACAACGUACAUGCGCUCUCUCCUACCCAGCAAUGACCCGGUUGUUAUGGAACUUGCAGCGAAAGUUGCUGGCCGGUUGGUUUCAUCCGGAGGAAGUUUAGCUGCGGAGUCUGUUGAGCAUGAAGUUCAUCGGGCGCUGGAAUGGCUAAGCGGUGAACGGGUGGAGGUCAAACGUCAUGCAGCUGUUCUUUUACUUCGCGAGCUAGCUGUAAAUGCACCUACAUUCUUCUUCCAGAAAGUGCAACCAUUCCUCGACCAUAUAUUCAAUGCAGUGCGAGACUCAAAGCAAAUUAUCCGGGAAAAUGCCAUCGCAGCUCUCAGAGCUUGCUUGGCGCUCAUGGCUCAACGUGAGACCAAGGAGACCCAACGACCAACAUGGUACUCGCAUUGCUAUGAGGAGGCUAUGAAAGGCUUGAAGGAUGCUUCUGGAUCGAAAGCUGCCAUCAAGGAUGAAGUUGCGCAUGGAUCUUUACUUGUCCUGAUGGAGCUGAUUCUCAACUCUGGAAAAUUGCAAGGCGAGGGCAAGGAGCUUGCGGCUGAGAUGUCGGACACACUAACGCCUCUUUCCUGUCUUGACUUCAAUGUAGAUGAAGCUCUGCCCCCACCUGUUUCUGCCAGCUUAGCGAAUGCGACACGUUAUAAUCAGCAAACUGGUUCAAGCUGGUUCCGAAAGCUGCGUACUUCACGUCGUUUAUCAUUGCUGUCACCUACCCUUCCGCCACCGCCACUCUCUCUACACGAGCUACCUGAAACCGUGCAAUGGCGGAACUCUGGUUCGUCCCUGAUGGCCAGUGAGCUCGCACAUGGACAGAGCAAGGUCUGCAGAGACUUCAUGAAGGAAAACUUUGAUGAGGUUUGCUACAUUGUCAUGAAGUUUCGAUCCAGCAAGAGUGUACUUGUUCAGCAAACUAUUCAUCAGCUCCUGCCCCGUCUAGCUGCUUUUGAUCGCACCAGAUUUGUCAAACGAUUUUUGGAUGAUGCAAUAAUGCAUCUGCUUGCCGCACUGAAAAAGGAAAGAGAGCGAGCUUGUGCAUUCCGAUCGCUUGGCCUUAUGGCGUAUGCAGUUCAAGAUCACAUCCGUCCGUACUUGGAUAACAUUGUAAAUGUUAUCCGCCAAGCACUACCGGCUUCGAAAGAUGUCAUGAAUGCUCAAAAGCGGCAUAAGGCAGCACAAGUCGUCGCUGAUCCGGCUGUCUUUUCGUGCAUCAGCAUGCUGGCACGUGCUGCUAGCAGUGUUCUCUUCAAUGAGAUGAAGCAGCUUUUGGAAAACAUGCUUGCAGUGGGUCUAAGUCCUGCUUUGACACGUUGUCUCCAUGUCAUGGCACAAGAAAUACCAAGGAUACGAAAAGAUAUUCAAGAGGGUCUCCUGAAGAUGCUGUCGCUAAUUCUAAUGAACAAGGCACUUAAAAGCUCCGCCUCAUCUGCAAAGAAUACAUCCAGUAAUUCUUCUUCUCUGUCAGGAGAUUCACCGGAUACCAGCAAUGUUGUGUUAGCAUUGCACACCCUUGGCUCCUUUGAUUUCAGCGGUCAUUCGCUCACUCAGUUCGUCCGUCACUGUGCCAACGUCUUCCUGGUCAGCGAGUACGUCUCUGUGAGGAUAGAAGCCGUGCGUACUUGUGCACGACUGCUCAUGCCUACCUUGACGUCUGGGUCAAGCUCCAAUGCACUGCAUGCAAUCAGUGGCCAAUAUGGUGUACCGGUUGUGUCAGAAGUGCUGGCAAAGCUGCUGACCGUUGGAAUCACUGAUUCAGAGUCUGAGAUAAGGCUUUGCGUCUUCUCCAAUCUCGACGAGCGCUUUGAUCACUUUCUGGCUCAGCAUGAGAACUUGGAUGCUCUGUUUGUGGCGUUAAACGACGAGGAGUUUGAAAUCCGCGAACUGGCUGUGUGCACCAUCGGGCGGCUGAGCAACCUCAACCCUGCUUUUAUCAUGCCAUCUCUGAGAAAGCUUCUCAUCCAGCUGCUGACAGAUUUGGAGUUCAGCGGGAAUGGUCGUAACAAGGAACAAGCAGCUCGGCUACUGAGUAACUUGAUAUCGAACACUCCGCGUUUGAUCAAACCGUACAUGAAGUCCAUUCUUGAUGCCUUGAUACCGAAACUCAAGGAAGCGGAUCCUAAUCCUGCCGUCACCAUCAACAUUCUGGCUGCAAUUGGAGAGCAAGCACAGGUGUCGGGCGUCACUAUGAAGCCGUACGUUGACGACCUUCUUCCUAUCAUUAUCAGCAUGCUCCAAGACAGUAUCUCGUCCGGAAAACGAGAGGUUGCCUUGUGGACUUUGGGUCAAGUUGUCGGCAGUACUGGCUGUAUCAGUGAGCCGUAUUGUCGAUAUCCCCAUCUUCUCGAAGUCCUGCUCAACAUUCUGAAGACCGAAACUGUGCAAACAAUUCGUAGAGAGAGUAUGCGAGUUCUUGGCUUACUUGGAGCCCUGGAUCCGUACAAGUACAAGAUUCUCAUCAGUGGUGUUGGACACAGUAGAUCAAGAGAUGUUCAGCAGAAAGACCAAGCGUAUGAGAAUGCGUCUGAGAUGCUUAUUACGAUUGCAAGUGGUCAGCUUGACGAUUUCUUCCCCAUAGUUGCUUUCUCAGCGCUGAUGAAAAUCCUCAAGGACAGCACACUAAAGGAGCAUCACAUUCUAUGCAUUCAUGCACUUGCAGCGAAUAUCCGUACGUUUGGUGCACUGUGCAUUCCAUUCCUCGGCCAUAUUAUUCCUCCUUACCUGAGUGUCAUUCACAGCUGCGAAGAAAGUCGUGAGCUUCUCUUUCAGCAGUUGUCUGUGCUGGCCACCAUUGUAAAGGGCAACAUUCAGCCAUACCUAAAAGACAUCUUCACGGUGAUCAAGGAGUUUUGGCAGGUCACACCAGACAGUUCUCGGCUACAGGAGAGUAUCAUCAAGCUUAUUACAGACAUUGCUAGCUCAGUUGGUAGCGAGUUCAAGGUCUAUGUUCCAUGGCUAAUGCCGCAGAUCCUCAAGAUUUGCAGCCACGACAAGAGUGCAAAUCGAGCCAUUACUGACAAGCUUCUAUUUGCCUUGACGAAGCUUGGUCCGACUCUUGACGACUACCUGUACCUGAUCGUACCUUCUAUUGUCAAACUGUUUGAAUCAUCGGAAAUGUCCAUGGAGAUACGCAAGAAAGCUUUGGAGACGCUCAACGCUCUCUUUCUUGUUGUUGAUUUGUCGGAAUUUGCUUCGUGUAUCAUCCACCCGAUUGUUCGCAUUCUCGAUGUUGCUGCUCUUCGUUCCCUGGCCAUGGCGACACUGUGCUCAAUGGUGCUUGUGCUUGGUCAGAAGUACACCUACUUCAUUCCACUUAUCAGUCGGGUGAUGCAGAAGAACAAAAUCCAGCAUCAGGAUUACGAUAGCCUGGUGAUGAGAGUAGUGCGUCGUGAGCCAUUGACCGACGACACAUCAGUCACGUGUUAUCGACGAACGAAAGUGUCUAUGAAGCCAGAGACAACUGAAGAUGCUUCAGACUCCAGUGUAAAAAAGCACAACGUCCAUUCAUUGAAUCUGCAAGUGGCAUGGGAAACUUCAUCCAGAGUGUCAAAGGAGGACUGGGCAGAGUGGCUGCGCCGUUUGAGUGUGGAGUUUCUGAAAGAGUCUUCAUCACCAUUCAUCCGCAAUUGUCGCACAGUUGCUGAUGCCUACAAUCCACUUGCAAAGGAUCUGUUUAAUGCUUCAUUUGUAUCCUGCUGGUUGGAGCUGGCUGAGCAACAGCAAGACGAAUUAGUGCAUGCAUUGGAGAUGGCACUUCAGACUCAAAGCUUGCCUGAGAUCACACAGACUUUGCUCAACCUGGCCGAGUUCAUGGAGCAUACAGACAAGGGCUCUCUACCACUGAACACUCAGCUGAUGGGUGAGUGUGCUAUGAAGGUCCGGGCCUAUGCUAAGGCGCUGCACUACAAGGAGGAAGAGUUCCACGCUGGACCAACCACGGCAACACUCGAGGCACUAAUCAGUAUCAACAACAAGUUGGGUCUAUCUGAAGCAGCAUCUGGUAUUCUUGACUAUGCCAAUAGACAUCACGGCACAGAUCUGCGUGUUCAAGAGACCUGGUACGAGAAGCUCCGUGAUUGGAACAGUGCGCUGGCACUGUAUGAAAUGCGCCAGGAAGAGGAUGAACACAAUUCCGAGUUGACUCUGGGCAGAAUGCGCUGCCUGGAAGCCAUGGGCGAAUGGCACCGUCUGUACAAUGUAGCCCGGGAGAAGUGGUCAAUCGCGUCUGAGGACAUGCAGCUGAAAAUGGCUCGCAUGGCAGCGUCGGCCUCUUGGGGUCUGAGCAACUGGACAUCAAUGGAUGAAUACACGUGUAUCAUUCCUGGAGAUACGUAUGACGGUGCCUUCUAUCGAUCUGUCAUUGCUGUUCACAACAACCACUUCGAUGUAGCACAGCAGUGUAUAGACACUGCUCGUGACAUCAUUGACAGUGAGCUCACAGCCAUGGUUGGCGAGAGUUACAACAGAGCAUACGGAGGCAUGGUGUGUGUGCAAAUGCUUUCAGAGCUUGAGGAAGUUGUCUGGUACAAACUCAACCCAGAAAGAAGCAGCGUUAUCAAACAGAUCUGGUGGGAUCGUUUGCAGGGCUGUGAGCGGAAUGUUGAGGAUUGGCAGCGCAUCUUGCGUAUCCGCUCUCUCGUUCUUGCUGAUGAGGACAACAUCGACACUCUGAUCAAGUUUGCUAGUCUUUGCAGGAAGAGUGGCCGGAUGGAGCUCUCACGGAAAACCCUGUGCCGGCUAUUGGGAGUAGAGCCAACAGCGCCCGAAAAGCCGUUGCUCAGUGCGCACCCACUUGUGGCGUUUGCCUUCAUCAAGCACAUGUGGGAAUCAGGCCAGCAGGCUGAUGCUUAUGCCCAGUUGGAUGCCUUUGUCUUAGCUUCUCAGAAGGUUGAUUCAAAUGCUCUUAUCAACGCAUCGGGCCUUGCCCGCCGGCCUGCAGUGUCACAAAGCCUUCUCUCAAAACUGUACAAGAAGUUGGGUGAUUGGCAGUCAUCUUUGCAUGGCUACAAUGAAGACACAAUCCCGCACAUCCUGACAUCUUACGAAAAAGCAACUCAGCUUGACAGGGAUUGCUACAAGGCUUGGCAUUCAUGGGCCAUGAUGAACUUUGAGGCUGUACUGCACUACAAGAAGCAAGCAAGCGGAGAGCCUUCCUCGUCUAGCAAACUUGCCACUGAAUGGAUACACAAGUACACUGUUCCUGCAGUCCAAGGUUUCUUCAGAUCUAUCUCCCUGUCUCAGGAGAAGGCUAUGAAUUCAUUGCAGGACACUCUCAGGCUGCUUACACUUUGGUUCGAAUAUGGUCAUUGGGCCGAUGUUCAUGAUUCUCUGGAAGAAGGAAUAAAGACCAUCCAGAUCGAUACAUGGCUUCAGGUGAUCCCCCAGCUUAUUGCUCGCAUUGACACGCCACGUCAUCUUGUCGGACGUUUGAUCCACCACCUGUUGAUGGACAUUGGCAAGCAUCAUCCGCAGGCGUUAAUCUACCCACUGACGGUUGCAUCAAAGUCUACAGUGAUGGCACGUCGCAAUGCCGCCAAUCUAGUUCUACAGAACAUGCGUGAGCACAGCAACACACUAGUCAGCCAAGCCAUUAUGGUGAGCGAGGAGCUAAUUCGUGUUGCCAUUCUUUGGCAUGAGCAGUGGCAUGAAGGCUUGGAAGAUGCUUCUCGGUUGUACUUUGGUGAACAGAAGAUUACACCUAUGUUUGAAGUCCUGGAUCCACUCCACGUCAUGGUGCAGAAAGGCGCCCAGACUCUGAAGGAGACUUCUUUCCAUCAGGCGUAUGGUCGAGACUUGCAGGAAGCAUAUGAAUGGGGUCGGCGCUACAAGAAGUAUGGAAACGAGAAAGAUCUUACUCAAGCUUGGGACUUGUACUAUCACAUCUUCCGUAGAAUUGCGAAACAGCUACCACAGCUUACAUCACUUGAAUUGCAGUAUGUGUCUCCCAAGUUACUAUCGUGCCGAGACCUUGAGCUGGCUGUGCCUGGUUCGUAUGAUGCAAACAAGCCCAUUGUGCGUAUCCAGAAGGUUGCUCCAGCGCUAAACGUGAUCACGUCAAAACAGAGACCACGGAAAUUAUCACUGUACGGCAGUGAUGGUGCAGAGUUCAUGUUUCUGCUGAAGGGACACGAGGAUCUGCGCCAGGAUGAGCGUGUCAUGCAGCUGUUUGGCCUAGUCAACACACUACUUGCCAACGACCCAGAGACAUUCAAGCGCCACCUGAGCAUCUUGCGAUACUCUGUGAUUCCACUGUCUACCAACUCUGGUCUGAUUGGCUGGGUGCCCCAUUGUGAUACACUACAUGCACUCAUACGAGACUAUCGAGAGAAGAGAAAAAUACUUCUGAAUGUUGAACACCGCCUUAUGGUUCGGAUGGCCCCAGAGUAUGACCACCUCACUGUACUGCAGAAGGUGGAAGUGUUCGAGCAUGCAAUCUCCCAUACAGAUGGUGAUGACUUGGCGAAAGUGCUUUGGCUGAAAAGUCCUAGCUCCGAGGUGUGGUUCGACCGCCGAACAAACUUUACUCGCUCCUUGGCUGUGAUGUCAAUGGUUGGAUACGUCUUGGGUCUCGGCGACCGGCAUCCUUCGAACUUGAUGUUGGAGAGGCUGUCGGGACGAAUCCUGCACAUUGACUUUGGCGAUUGCUUUGAGGUGGCGAUGACUCGUGAGAAGUAUCCAGAGAAAAUCCCGUUCCGCCUUACUCGUAUGCUUACGAAUGCCAUGGAGGUGACUGGCAUUGAGGGCAACUACCGCAUCACCUGUCACAGCAUUAUGCGUGUAUUGCGUGACAACAAGGACAGUGUCAUGGCCGUCCUCGAGGCGUUUGUCUACGACCCGCUGUUGAACUGGAGGCUAACCAUGGAAACCGCUGGUCCGAAGAAAGAGCCUCAAACCAGCACCAACAACAUCGAAGAAGAUGGUUCUGGAUUGCAACACAAUGACUCCAUGAUGCAUGUCUCGCAGCCAAGUAGAUCCUACAAAGUGUCAAGUGUCUCGUUUCAGAACAGUCAUGGACUUCAGCCGCCAGAGGUGAUGAAUAAGAAAGCCCUUGAAAUAACCAAGCGAGUACGUGACAAGCUCACUGGUCAUGACUUUGCUGAGUCUGACUAUUGUGACACUCGCACCCAGGUCAAUCUGCUCAUCAAGCAGGCCAUUGCUAAUGAGAACCUUUGCCAGUGCUACAUUGGAUGGUGUCCGUUCUGGUAGACUGGCCGCCUCGACUCUGCAUUGUAAAUAGCUGUUAUAUGUACAAACAAAUACUCUCCACCUACACCAAAGUGAACAUUAUUUUUUACUGUCUAAUUCGUCUUGAUGUCGUUGCCUGUACAAAGGAUUUGUCAAACAGCCAUGUUAGGGUGUGCAUCUUCAUUCUACUUUCGUUUUUUUCAAUCCCGGCCCAGAGAAAUACUUAGUGCAGGCAGGUCACAGUGAACCUGCUGAUUGCUCACACGUAACAUCUUGUUUGUACUUGAUGCUGAGUUUCACCAGCUCACUCUGCCCGUCUUCUGUUUGUCAGUGCUCUCCGCACGGAUUGCAUGCGGUCGGUAGUUUUUAGUACAUAUGCCUAUUGCAAGCUAUUUUAUAUGCACGCAUCUUCUAUUUUAGGAAAGUCUUCGGACUUGUUGACGGUUUGAGUAUCUUUGAAAGAUUUGUACACUAUGCAUUUAUGCUCCCGGUAUUGUCAUACUGAUAUAUUUCUUGUUGUUCGUCUUUUCUCUUUGGCUUCAUUAGUUGACGAUGCAGAGCCACAUUGAUGUUUUGACCUCAACUAUAACUACGUGACUAUGUCGUAUCAUAACUCCAA